AUGUCCUCAACGUGCAAGCAGUGUGGCAUUAAGUGGUUUAGCCAAGCAGGAUACCUUAGGAAACACAAAAGAGUUCACAGUGGGGAGAAGCCUUAUGAAUGUAAACAGUGUGGGAAAUGUUUUCGUGGUGCAGGAGACCUAAGGAAACAUGGAAGAGUACACACCGGAGAGAAGCCUUAUGAAUGUAAACAAUGUGGCAAGUGUUUUAGCUUAGCACAACACUUAAGGAGUCAUGAAAGGAUUCACACUGGAGAGAAGCCUUAUGAAUGCAAACAGUGUGGCAAGUGUUUUGGCCAAGCAGGAAACCUAAAAAUUCAUGAAAGAGUUCACAGUGGGGAAAAACCAUAUGAAUGUAAACAGUGUGGUAUGUGUUGUCGCACAUCGGGAGACCUAAAGUCUCAUGAAAGGAUUCACACUGGAGAGAAGCCUUAUGAAUGUAAACGGUGUGGCAAGUAUUUUAGCCAUUCAGGAGCCUUAAGGAGUCAUGCAAGAGUUCACACUGGGGAGAGGCCAUAUGAAUGUAAACAGUGUGGUAUGUGUUUUGGCCAAAUAGGACACCUAAGGAAUCAUGAAAGAGUUCACACUGGGGUGAAGCCUUAUGAAUGUAAACAGUGUGGGAAAAGUUUUGGCCAAGCGGUAACCCUAAGGAGGCAUGAAAGAGUUCACACCAGAGAGAAGCCUUAUGAAUGCAAACGGUGUGGGAAAAGUUUUGGCCAAGCGGUAACCCUAAGGAGGCAUGAAAGAGUUCACACCAGAGAGAAGCCUUAUGAAUGCAAACGGUGUGGCAAGUGUUUUGGCCAAGCAGGAUACCUAAAAAUUCAUGCAAGAGUUCACACUGGAGAGAAGCCUUAUGAAUGUCAAGAGUGUGCUAAGUGUUUUAGCACCUCAGUAGGUCUUAGGAGUCAUGAAAAAUUACACACUGGGGAGAGACCUUAUGAAUGUAAACAUUGUGGCAAGUGUUUCAGUCAGUCAAGUUCCCUAAGGGUUCAUGAAAGAGUGCACACGGGAGAGAAGCCAUAUGAGUGUAAACACUGUGGCAAGUGUUAUAGGCGAACAGGACACCUAAGGAUUCAUGAAAGAAUUCACACUGGAGAAAACCCAUAUGAAUGUAAACAGUGUGGCAAGUGUUUUAAUCAAAAAGGAAAUCUUAGGAAACAUGAAGAACUCCACACGAAAGCAAAGUCUCGUAAUCGGCACAGAAAGGAGUGUCCUUCUAAAAGUUUUCGUUGUAAGCGUAAGCAAGCAGGAACUGAAAGACUGGAUAUUAGGACAAACAACUCACUGACCCAGAGCGAGACUGGAUGCAGUGGUAUGGUAGUCCCUCAAUUAGCCAUCACUGGGAAACACAGCUGUUGGAUUUGUCUAGAGGAGAUGGGAAGUGAGGAUCUUCUUCAUCGGCACUAUGAAAAUCAUAUGAGACGUGUACAUGAAGAUGGCUUGUAA